AUGUCUACUAAGUCCAUGCCCGUUCUCACCCUCCAGGGCGCCCGCACCGCCGUUGCCGCCGCCGAAAAGCGCGCUCAAGAGAUUGGCGUACCUAUGAAUAUCGCCGUCGUCGAUUCAUCACUACAUCUCCUUGCUUUCGCCCGCAUGGACGGUGCAAAGCUCACUUCUGUCGACAUCGCUAUCAACAAAGCUUUCACGGCUGCGGGGCACCGCGCGCCGACGAGCAUCUACAAGGACAACGUGUGGCCUGGUGGACCAGCAUUUGGUAUCAACAAUAGCAAUGGAGGGAGGUUCAUGACUAUUGCGGGAGGUGUGCCAGUAGUGCAGGAUGGGGUUGUAGUGGGUGCAGUUGGGUGCAGUACCGGUACACCGCCGCAAGAUGAGGACGUUGCGGGUAAGGGAGUUGAAGCUGUGGUGAAGACGUUUGGACCGAAGGCGAAGCUAUAG